AUGUCAACGUCUAAAUCUACGCCAGAAGUUCGACAUAAGACAGAUGAAUCUUCAUUGACAUUUGGAUAUCCCACUGUCAGUGUAAAAGAAGUAUCGAUUGUGGGCUUGGAAUGUAAAGUCUAUGGAUUAGAAGAGGUCCAAAACAGUGAUAAACCAUUAGCUGUACUAGUAGCAGCUCAUGGUAGAACUAAUAGUCAAAAGAAUAUGAUCACUUUUUCUCAAGGUAUAUUAGGUAUAGUGAAUGAUGAAACAAAGAACCGAAAUAGUAAGAGGGAUUUAUUGAUUGUCACUCUAGAUCAACGGAAUCAUGGCAAGAGGAUCAGUGAUAAAGUUGCGAAUCUAAGUUUUGAUGAGAAUCCAAGACAUUUGAUCGAUAUGGCAGCUAAAGUCUACGGCGGCGCACAGGAUAUUCAAAUGAUAAUCGAUUUUUUAGCCGCUUAUUUAUUCCCUCAUGGUGAGAAGAAGAUCGAAGAAUGGAUCAUCACAGGUAUAUCCCUAGGUGGUCAUGUAGCAUGGAGACUACUUCGCGAGGAACCGCGAAUUAAAAUCGGAAUACCAAUAAUCGGAUUACCCUUUGAAUCAUUUCCUAAAUAUAUGAAACCAAGAGCUGAAUCAAUGAAAAUACCAUUUGAUCCACCAACUUAUCCACCUUCCUUACUUCCCUUACUUGAAGGUGAUAUUGAUCAUUCGAAUUAUAAGGGUAAGAAAAUAUUGACCAUUCAUGGUGGUCAUGAUAAACUCGUUCCAUUAGAUAAAGGUUUAAAAGAUAUCGAAAAUGUCAUGAAUAUACUCAACAACCAGGAAAACGCAAACACACAUGGAAAUGCCAGAGGGGGUGAUAGUGGGAAAGAAUUGAAAGGGAAAGGGGAAAUUUGGAUUGACGAAUUUACGGGUCACGCAGUUUCCAAAGAGAUGGUUGAGAAAACCGCUCAAUGGAUCUGGGAAUAUGGAUUAAAGUGA